GGCGACGUCGUCCAGCUCUACAAGUCCAACGGCAUCACCGCCAUGCACAUCUACUCCGCCGACCGCGAAGCCCUCGACGCCCUGCGCGGCUCCGGCAUCGAUCUUGCCCUCGACGUCGGCGACCAGAACCAAGUCCGCCAGCUCGCGGCCAACGCGGAUUCCUGGGUCAAGGACAACGUCCAUGGCUACUACCCGGACGUCAAGAUCAAGUACAUCGUCGUCGGCAACGAGCUCACCGGCACCGGCGACGUGGGGAGCAUCCUCCCGGCCAUGCAGAACGUCCAGGCAGCCCUCGCCGGCAGCGUCAAGGUAUCCACGGCCAUCAAGAUGGACACGCUCGCCGCGUCCUCGCCGCCCUCCGCCGGCGUGUUCAGCAACCCGUCCGUCAUGGAGCCCAUCGUCAAGUUCCUCGCCGACAACGGCGCGCCGCUCCUCGCCAACGUGUACCCCUACUUCGCCUACAGGGACAGCCAGCCAGGGCAUCGACCUCAGCUACGCGCGCUCUUCCAGCCGAGCUCGACGACGGUGAGCGACCCCAACGGGCUAAGCUACACAAACCUCUUCGACGCCGUCCGCGCCGCGGUGGAGCAGGUGGUGAGCGGUGGGAGCAGUGUGGACAUCGUCGUGUCGGAGAGCGGGUGGCCGUCGGCCGACGGGGAGGGCGCGACGGUGGAGAACGCGCGAGCGUACAACCAGAACCUGAUCAACCACGUGGGCCAAGGGACGCCCAAGAAGCCCGGGCGGCUGGAGACGUACGUGUUCGCCAUGUUCAACGAGAACCGGAAGCUCCGCGACGCCACCGAGAAGAAGUUUGGGCUGUUCAAUCCGGAUAAGUCACCGGUUUACCCAAUUACUUUCUCAUGAAAUUCAUUUGUGCGUCAUAUCGUGUUCUCAGAUCUUA